ACCCCCUCUUUUAUCUCCACUGCAACCAUAAAGAGCCCACCAAGUGCUCGACGAAAUUCCCGACUGACACUGAAACUCGCCGCCGCACAGGCACGCACCCACAAACUCCGAAACGCGGCGCGGGGAGGGGAUGGAGGCAAGCGCCGGGCUGGUCGCCGGGUCGCACAACCGCAACGAGCUCGUGCUCAUCCGCGGCCACGAGGAGCCGAAGCAGCUGCGGGCGUUGAGCGGUCAAGUCUGCGAGAUAUGUGGUGACGAGGUUGGCUUGACGGUGGACGGGGACUUGUUCGUGGCAUGCAACGAGUGCGGGUUCCCGGUCUGCCGGCCGUGCUACGAGUACGAGCGGAGAGAAGGGACCCAGGUUUGCCCGCAAUGCAAGACCCGCUACAAACGCCUCAAGGGGAGCCCAAGAGUGGAAGGAGAUGAAGACGAGGAAGACAUCGACGAUUUGGAGCACGAAUUCAAUAUUGACGAUGAGCAGAACAAGCAGCAGCAGCAGCUGCAGGAGAAUAGACACAUCACGGAAGCAAUGCUGUACGGGAAAAUGAGCUACGGAAGGGGCCCUGAAGAUGCUGAAAGUAAUCCUCCUCAGUUUCCGCCCAUCAUAACUUCGCUUUCUCGACCGGUGAGUGGAGAGUUCCCGUUGUCUAACGGCCAUAACCAUGGAGAACUGUCAUCCUCUCUCCACAAACGCAUCCAUCCAUAUCCGGUCUCUGAGCCUGGGAGCACAAGGUGGGACGAGAAGAGAGAUGGAGGGUGGAAAGAUCGAAUGGACGAGUGGAAAUCAAAGCAAGGCCUUCUUGGGGGCGAACCGGAUGACGUCGAUCCAGACAUGCCACUGAGUGAUGAAGCAAGGCAGCCAUUGUCGAGAAAAGUGUCGAUAGCUUCGAGCAAGAUCAACCCCUACCGCAUGGUGAUCGUUGUCCGCCUCGUGGUCCUGGGUUUUUUCCUACAUUAUCGAAUCGUCAACCCCGUCCACGAUGCCAUUGGGUUGUGGCUAACAUCAGUUGUAUGCGAAAUUUGGUUUGCUUUUUCAUGGAUUCUUGAUCAAUUCCCUAAAUGGUUCCCAAUUGAUCGGGAGACUUAUCUCGAUCGCCUCUCUCUAAGAUAUGAGAGGGAAGGGGAGCCCUCAAUGCUAUCUCCAGUCGACAUAUUUGUGAGCACAGUGGAUCCACUGAAGGAGCCACCUCUUGUUACUGCUAAUACUGUGCUAUCGAUCCUAGCCGUCGAUUACCCAGUUGACAAGGUGUCAUGCUAUGUAUCUGAUGAUGGCGCAUCGAUGCUCACAUUUGAAGCCCUUUCAGAGACCGCCGAAUUUGCUCGCAAGUGGGUUCCUUUCUGUAAGAAGUUCACUAUUGAGCCUCGGGCGCCUGAGAUGUACUUCUGUCAGAAAGUCGAUUACCUCAAGGACAAAGUCCAGCCGACUUUUGUUAAGGAGAGACGCGCAAUGAAGAGAGAGUAUGAAGAAUUCAAAGUUCGGAUCAACGCAUUGGUUGCAAAGGCGAUGAAAGUACCCCCUGAAGGAUGGAUCAUGCAGGACGGCACCCCGUGGCCGGGCAACAACACCCGCGACCACCCCGGCAUGAUCCAGGUGUUCUUGGGCCACAGUGGGGGCCAUGACACUGAAGGAAAUGAGCUUCCCCGCCUUGUUUAUGUUUCUCGUGAGAAACGACCAGGCUUCCAGCAUCACAAGAAGGCUGGCGCCAUGAAUGCUCUAAUUCGUGUAUCCGCAGUGCUAACAAAUGCGCCCUUCAUGCUCAACUUGGACUGUGAUCACUACAUAAACAACAGCAAAGCCAUCCGGGAGGCGAUGUGCUUCUUGAUGGAUCCUCAGACGGGAAAAAAAGUGUGCUAUGUGCAGUUCCCUCAAAGGUUCGACGGCAUUGAUACGAACGACCGAUAUGCCAACAGGAACACCGUCUUCUUCGAUAUUAACAUGAAGGGGUUAGAUGGUAUCCAAGGCCCAGUAUACGUAGGAACUGGUUGUGUAUUUAGGCGACAAGCACUAUAUGGUUACAACCCGCCGAAGGGCUCCAAGCGCCCUAAGAUGGUGAGCUGCGACUGUUGCCCAUGCUUCGGACGCCGCAAGAAGCAUAGGUUCUCGAAGGAUGGAUUGGCAGAAAAUGCACUUGAAGGAGAGAUGGAUAACAAUGACAAGGAGCUACUGAUGUCGCAAAUGAACUUCGAGAAGAGGUUCGGGCAAUCGGCGGCAUUCGUGACAUCGACUUUGAUGGAGGAAGGAGGAGUCCCUCCCUCUUCAAGCCCUGCAGCGCUUCUCAAAGAAGCCAUUCAUGUCAUCAGCUGCGGCUACGAAGACAAGACCGAAUGGGGAACUGAGUUGGGUUGGAUCUAUGGGUCGAUCACGGAGGACAUCCUCACGGGCUUCAAGAUGCACUGCAGGGGGUGGCGGUCAAUCUACUGCAUGCCAAAGAGGGCGGCGUUCAAAGGGUCGGCACCGAUCAACCUAUCAGACCGGCUGAACCAAGUGCUGAGGUGGGCACUGGGCUCAGUGGAGAUCUUCUUCAGCCGGCACAGCCCGGUCUGGUACGGUUACAAGAACGGGCACCUCAGGUGGCUUGAGCGCUUCGCUUACAUUAAUACAACCAUCUACCCCUUCACCGCCCUCCCUCUCCUCGCCUACUGCACCCUCCCUGCCGUCUGCCUCCUCACCGGCAAAUUUAUCAUGCCCACGAUCAGCACAUUCGCGAGCCUCUUCUUCAUUGCGCUCUUCAUCUCAAUCUUCGCGACGGGCAUCCUGGAGCUGCGGUGGAGCGGCGUCAGCAUCGAGGAGUGGUGGCGCAACGAGCAGUUCUGGGUCAUCGGCGGCGUCUCUGCGCACCUCUUUGCCGUCAUCCAGGGCCUCCUCAAGGUCCUCGCGGGCAUUGACACCAACUUCACUGUUACCUCUAAGGCUUCUAAUGACGAGGAGGACAACUUCGCGGAGCUCUACGCAUUCAAGUGGACCACACUCCUAAUCCCCCCCACCACCCUCCUCGUCAUCAACCUCAUAGGCGUCGUCGCGGGGAUCUCCGAUGCGAUCAACAACGGAUACCAAUCAUGGGGGCCGUUAUUCGGCAAGCUGUUCUUCGCCUUCUGGGUGAUUGUCCAUCUGUAUCCAUUCCUCAAAGGAUUGAUGGGCCGGCAGAAUCGGACACCGACAAUCGUCGUGAUCUGGUCGGUGCUUUUGGCCUCGAUAUUCUCGCUGCUCUGGGUGAGGAUCGAUCCGUUUGUCUUGAAAGCGAGAGGGCCGGAUGUGAGGCAGUGUGGGAUCAAUUGCUGAUGUGCUCUUUUGUGUACAAAGAAGAUGAUGAUUCUCAUGUGUUGUUGCUGCUGUUUUAAGUUACUACUUUUGCUGCAAGAGAGUGAGAGACCAAUGUGGAAGUUUUGAUAUUAUUGAACUGAGACUGCUUUGAGCUAUUCAUAGAUUCUGAAAUUGAAUUAUGUGAUUACUUCUUUCACUGAGGGAGAAGUGAAACAGAUGAUCAAAAGUUUCUUUCAAUUCAACCAAGAUGAAAGAGAUUUCUUUAUAUAAAAAAGUAAUCUGUGCUGGUA